AUGAUGGAGCUUGGGUUGAAAAUUAUCGAUAUCGAUCUGAUGGACAAUGUGAACAAGGUUGUCGGUAUUGAAAAAGAUGUGCUUGUUCACGGAGAUUUGUGGUCGGCAAACUUGUUGUGGGUGAAAAAAAAUGGGAUCGAAGUUAUUGACAAAAUCAUUGAUUAUCAGCGUGCUCAUAUGGGAAACCCAGCAGAAGACCUUGUGAAGAUCUUCCUCUCUGCUCUUUCUGGAAACGAUGCUCAAAACCGAUGGGAAGAAUUGCUUGAGAAGUUCUACGAAUAUUUCAAGGAGGAAGUGGCUAGUAGAGGACAUGAACUACCAUAUACUCUCGAACAACUCAAAGAAUCGUACAAACUCUACUUCAAUGGAGCUGGAUUAAUUAUGUUCCAAAUGUUUGGCCCGGUUGCUCAGACGAAACUUUCGUACACAAAUCCAGCCCAAGCGGGCCCAUAUAAAGAGAUUCUUUUCGAGAAGACUACUCAUUUGCUGGAUGAAAUGGAGAAAUAUUAUAAUUAUCGAAUUAAUGCCGUGUAG